AAGCAGCAGCAGCAGCAGUGGCAGCAGCAGUGGUAGUGGCAGUGGCAGCGGCAGCAAACAGAAAACGCAGCGAACGUCGGCGCUUGUUGCAACAACUCGGUCGCGCUCGCUAAGGCGAUGGUGGUUGCAACAGUGGCAACUCGUCUCGUCCAGUUUCAGUCUCAUCCCAACGCUCGUGGCGGCAACAACAACGCUCAGCUCAGUUUAGUUCAGUUCAGUUUCGGUGCGCGUCGCGUUACGUGUUUUCGCGUGAGUGUGUGAAAGAUACAGAUACUGAUACUGCGUAAAAGUAUCUCAAAGCUGGCCACAACAAAAUGCGGCACCUGUGCACUGGUCGGCGCCAGCCAAGCAAGGCAAAUUCGAAUAUCCGAUAAAUAAACGCAAAGUGUGUCCCCGCCUAAGGCUGUCGGCAUGUAACUAAGGCAGCCGCAAUACAAAAGUAUCUCAGCCGAGAGUGCUAAACAUAUCAAAACAACCCACAAGAUACACGAGCUACGUGCAACAGUGCAAAAAAAAUAAAAUAAAAUUUAUUGCAACAGCUUCGACUGCAUUUAGUUUGCAUUUAAAAAAAUUGUGUUAAGAAUUUUGUGUGCAUGUGUCUGUGCCCCAAAUACGCUUCAAUGCAUUUGUGUAACGCUUUUUAACUAUUCAAAAUAUUAUAUGAAUAUAUACAUAACUAUAUAUAUAACCCAUAUACAAUGCUGCACAUAUGCAAAGGAUACAAUCUAUACAAUAUAAUUGAAAACAUUUGAUGCGACAAAUAUUUUCAAAUUAGAUCUCACUGCCAGGCCAAUUUCAAUCAGUAAAAAAGUUCUCACCAAAAAAUGACGCGCAGCUUAUCAACAACAAACAAAGCGAAUACAAUAAAAACAACAACAAUAACAGAUUCUAGCUACAAAAUGUUCUCCCGCCAGUGCCUUUCCAGCUCCCCACGCUCUAGCUAUCCCCGCUCAUCGUCAUCUACACCAAAUCACAGUCGAGUCCGGCAUUUGGCCAGUCCGACAAGUAACUGGAAUGGCAACUGGAACCUUAGCCUCUUGGCAUUGAUCAUUGCCAGCGGCUGUUUAAUGCUCAAUACGCCAACAAUUGCGGCUUUCGAUAUUGCUACGUGCAAUGUGCCUUUGGGCAUGGAAUCCGGCACAAUUACAGAUGCUCAAAUCACAGCUAGCUCAGCCCAUGACACGGGAUUCGUUGGGCCACAACACGCAAGACUGAAAACCGAUAAUAAUGGCGGUGCCUGGUGCCCCAAGCAUAUGGUAUCGAAUGCGCUCAAGGAAUAUCUGCAGGUGGACUUGCUGCAGACGCAUGUGAUAACCGCCAUACGGACACAGGGUCGCUACGGCAAGGGUCAGGGUCAGGAGUACACCGAGGCCUAUGUGCUCGAAUACUGGCGACCGGGCUUUGACAAAUGGCAGCGCUGGAAGAACACCCAGGGCAAAGAGAUUCUGCCCGGCAACAUCAACACUUACAGCGAGGUGGAGAACGCACUGCAGCCGAUUAUCUUUGCCUCAAAGAUACGCAUAUAUCCGUAUGGUCAAUACGAUCGCACCGUUUGCCUGCGCGCCGAGAUCGUCGGCUGCCCCUGGGAAGAGGGCAUUGUUUCGUAUAGCAUACCGAAGGGCGUGCAGCGGGGCAUGGAGGUGGAUUUGUCGGACAAGACCUACGAUGGCAAUGAGCAGGGCGAUCGCUAUGUGGAUGGCUUGGGUCAAUUGGUGGACGGACAAAAAGGCAAGGAUAAUUUCCGCACGGAUAUACACGGCUUUGGCAAAGGCUACGAAUGGAUUGGCUGGAGAAAUGAUACGCCCGGCCUGUUGGGCAAACCCGUUGAAAUUGUUUUUGAAUUCGAUACGGUGCGCAAUUUCAGUGCCAUCGUUUUGCAUACAAACAAUAUGUAUACCAAGGAUGUGCAGGUUUUUGUCCAUGCUAAGGUCUUCUUUAGCAUUGGUGGACGCUACUUUUCCGGCGAGCCCGUACAGUUCUCGUAUAUGCCCGAUACCAUAAUGGAUCAUGCCCGAGAUGUUACAAUAAAGCUGCAUCAUCGUGUGGGCAAAUAUCUGAAAAUCAAUUUGUACUUUGCUGUCAAAUGGAUUAUGCUAUCCGAGAUCAGUUUUAUAUCCGUGCCCGCGAUGGGAAAUUUCACAGACGAGCAGGAGCAGCGAAAUAAUGCGGCUGGCAUUGCACAGGAUACACGCGAAUAUCCUUUGCAGAGCAACGACUAUCAGCACAAUCAUAACAAAAACAAACUGAAUGGCGGCGUCUCUGGAGGCGCCAGCAACGGUGGCGCCACCGAUGCCAACGGCAACAACAACAGCUACAACAACGGGCCGCAGUUAAUUGCGCCACGCCCCAUUGAUCAGGAGCCGAACGAGGCAAACUUCAUUGGUGUUGUCAUUGUUGUUCUAACCACGAUAAUUAUCCUGCUGGUUGCCAUCAUUCUGUUCAUCGUGUCACGCACGAAGCGCGCCCGUGGCAGCAACGUACUCGAUGCAUUCCAAUACAGCUUCAAUCCAAACACUCUGGGCGGCAAUGUCGACAAGCAUCGUCCCAAUGGCAAUAGCAUUAAGGCCAGCGUCGACGACAGCGACUCCAUUGGCAAGAACAGCCUUUACCACGAGCCCUUCAAUGUGAACAUGUACACGAGCGGCGUGAACGGCUACGCAGCGGUUAAUGAUUUACAAUGUAAUAUGACGCCAGACUAUACAGAUGUGCCCGAAGGUGGCUAUGCGGUUCCCCAUAUGCAGGACUACAUGCCGGCUUCGAAAAUGGCCAACGCCGGCGGCGGUUAUGUGAAUGUGCGACGAACGCCGCCGCCACCGCUGAGCAGCAUAUUCCCCAGGCCGCCCACUGUGCCGCCGCCGCCCAUGGAGAAAUACUACGCGACCACGGCCAUAUUUAAGCCCAUCAAGGGAGGCUCGGCGAGCGGCGGCGGCGGCAGCAGCAACACCAACACGGUAAGCAGCGGCGGCGGCAAGAGCAGCCACAGCAACCAGGACCAGCUGAAUGGCAUUUACGAUGACGGCAUGGGCACCAUGAACUCCCAGUCCACGGCACCCAUGAUCAAUCCGUAUAGCAGUGGCAAUAGCGCUGCUGCCGCUGCCGCAGCCGCUGAAUUUCAGCGCGCCAGAACUUACAAUUUCCGCAGCUAUCCAGAUAAUCUCUAGUUCGAAGCCUCACUCAAGUUGGCAGCAGCAGCGGAGGCGACGGGCGCUGGCAGCGAUCUGGCCGCCAGCAAGCACAGCAACGCCUCCACUACAAUGCCUAAAAAGCCGCAGCAUCUGAGCCUCAGCAGCGCCAAUGGCAGCGGCAACACCCUGACCGCCAAGCCCAAAUACAGCCUCACGCUGCACAACAACAGGUACGCCACGGGCAACGGCAAGAAUCCCACAUCGAUGCGCGACAAUCAUCAACAGCAACAGCAGAGGCAGCACCUCAAGGCGCUGCGCCUGACACGAGACGUGGUCAAUACAGAUGUGAAUAGCUGCGCGCCGGACUACAAGCGACCGGUGCUAACAGGUCUCUCACCCGCCGACGAUGUGGGCGUUCAUCUGAGCAGAAGUGCGGCGGCUCUUAAGUUUGCCGCUGGACAAACUACUGCUGCUGCUGCUGUCAACAACAGUGAAGCUUCGACUAACCAAACGACAACAAAUGCAACUAAAUUAACUGGUACUACUAUUGGAAAUGGAAAUGGAACUGGAAACGCAACGGCAACCGCAAAUCCGUUGGCGAAUGGUGUUAUGAGAACACAAAACAACAGGCUGUGGUAUCAUUGAUGAAAACCCCAUAUUAAAUGGAUUUGAGCUCUGGAACUCUACACGGACAUGCAACUAGAAAAUACAAAACGAAAUACAAGUGUUAAGUACUCGUAAACGUACCGUAAAUUGUGUUAGAACCCGCCCCUCCCUUAUAUGGAGAGCACAACGCGUCGAACAAUUAAACCCACUGAGCAAACGGAAAAGAUAAAUUAGCAAAAGUCGAAAAUCUAAGCAACAAUGUAGCGUCGAAUAUAUGCCAACGAAAUGAUAAUGAUACAACUUAUAGAAUACAAUCUGUAAAUAUAUAUAUGUAUACCUAGUAUAUAUCACCAUGCGAAAAGGUAGUUAAAAAUCCAUAUGAUAGUAAAGCGAGCUGAAUUUUUAAUGAAAAGGAUAACAAAACAAAGUAAAAAUAAUAAAAAUGGGCACUAGUUUCUCAUAGAUCAAAUGCAAUCGAGCAGAACAUUAAUGAAAUAUAAAAACAAAAAACGAAUUUAAGGUCUAGCAUUUAGCAACACUUAUUGUUUAUAAAACGAAACGAAAUGAAACGAAGUAAAUAUAACGAUAUAAAAAGAUGGAAGUAACUAGCAUAUAAUAAUAGAGUUCAACUGAUUUUUAGUACCUUUCCGAAAGUAAACAAGAACAACAAAAAAAAAACGAUAAUUGCAAAACUAACUGUAAAUGCCUGUACAACCCUAGCCCUAAACUAUAUUACCCAGCCCCACAAUGUUUAAGCCCCACUGUAAAUUUCUGUGUAUAAAUUUAGAGAGAGGUAUCCGUGAGAUACAUAGAUUGUUUGCUUACCGAGCAGAUGGAAAUGCCGCGUCAAAAAAAUUAUGUAGAGACGUUGAUGAUGAUAAAAUUGUAACGGAAUUUAACGGACCAAGAGAGCGUGCAGAGCGUCGUCGCCUAAAACCAAUUAAAAUGAAGUUUUCAUCAAUGAUUUGUGAUUAAAUAUAUAUUCAACUACUUAACUUAUAACAAACGAGAAUAUUCAGUUCUUAAUGCUAAUUAUAAUUUAUGCAAACGUUUUACCCGACAACAAAUGACUCUGACUAUAAAAAAUACUAUGAAAAAACAUAUAUAUAUACAUACAUAUAUAUAAAUAAAUAAACUAUAUACGAGUAUAAUUAAUGUAUUGUAUAAUUAAUAAAUAAUCAUGUAUAUGUUCCUUUUUAGUUUAAUGCGCAUACAAAUUAUCACAAUACACAAGUACUAAAAGUUAAAGUCGUAGUAGCUUCGUAGUAGUUAAAAAAUAAUUCAGCAAGUAAUAAAAACAAAAAGGAAAAAACACAAGUGUAAACACCGCAUUUUAUAAAUUAUCAACUAAGUAAGCGCGUUAAAAUAAUAUUAAAAAAAAAAAAUAAUAACAUCCACACGCACACAGACACAAACACUUAACACACAACGUGCAGUAAAAAAGUAGUUUAAAUAGUAGCAAAAAAAUAAAGAAAAAAAAAUAAACAACCACACAGAGACAUACACAAAAAAGUAUUUAAAAUGAUUGUGCAA